UCGGCGCGUAUAAAGCGGCGGCCGCGGCGCUCGGCUCCCCGCAGUGGCUCGGGCGCUCGGCGGCUGCGGGAGCGGCUGCCCCGAUGCCCCACCGCGGCCAUGAGCAUCCCGCACUGGUGGGACCAGCUGCGGGCUGGCAGCUCGGAGGUGGACUGGUGCGAGGACAACUACACCAUCGUGCCUGCCAUCGCCGAGUUCUACAACACGAUCAGCAACGUCUUAUUUUUCGUUUUACCGCCCAUCUGCAUGUGCUUGUUUCGCCAGUAUGCAACAUGCUUCAACAGUGGCAUCUACCUAAUAUGGACUCUCUUAGUUGUAGUGGGAAUUGGAUCCGUCUACUUCCAUGCAACCUUAAGUUUCUUGGGUCAGAUGCUUGAUGAACUUGCAAUCCUUUGGGUUCUGAUGUGUGCCCUGGCCAUGUGGUUCCCCAGAAGGUAUCUACCAAAGGUCUUUCGGAAUGACAGGGGCAGGUUCAAGGCGGUGGUCUGCGUCCUUUCUGCAGUUACAACAUGCCUGGCGUUUGUCAAGCCUGCCAUCAACAACAUCUCUCUGAUGACCCUGGGGGUUCCAUGCACUGUGCUGCUCAUUGCAGAGCUAAGGAGGGGGAGACACGUCCAGAAGGUAGCUGGCUAUGGGAGUCUGGAGUCAGGGAGAGACCAGGGUGAGAACACGGCUUUGGGAGUCAUCUGCACAUGUGUGACAAUGUGCGUGUCUUUAAACUGGGCCUCUUCUCUGGCCUCUGGUGGACCCUCGCGCUCUUCUGCUGGAUCAGUGACCGAGCCUUCUGUGAGCUGCUGUCCUCCUUCCACUUUCCCUACCUGCAUUGCGUGUGGCACAUCCUCAUCUGCCUUGCUGCCUACCUGGGCUGCGUAUGCUUUGCCUACUUUGAUGCUGCUUCCGAGAUCCCCGAGCAGGGCCCCGUCAUCAAGUUCUGGCCCAGCGAGAAAUGGGCCUUCAUCGGGGUCCCCUACGUGUCCCUCCUGUGUGCCAGCAAGAAGUCACCGGUCAAGAUCACGUGAUGGGGAGGCUGGCUUCUCUGCUUGCUUUUCCCUCCUGCAUCGGGCUUGCCAGUGAAGACAGCAGGGGGCUUGUAGAGUAGGGGGAGGGCCUGUCUUUUUGGUAUUCUGUUCCCUUGGGCUCUAACUAGUGUGGCCGUGGCCUACCAGGACUCCACUGUGCAGGGGGAAGGGUGUCUUCCCCUUUCCCGAAAUUGGAAAGUGGAGGGCUCAGGGGCACCAGGUAGAUCUCCUCAGCGUCCCUUCCAGAUGCAGGGACCUGUUGCGGCAGAGGCAGAGCAGUCCCUCAGUGGGGGUGGGGCUCAUUUCCCAGCGGGGGUUUACUUGAGACUCUGUGGCCCCCUGUACUCUCGGAGGAGACUCCUGCUCACAGAUAUAGCCUGCAACAGGCAAGACCCACUGACCGAUGGAACAUGCCAGGGAUUUUCAUUUGGGGAAAUGGCCCUAGAAUAAAACCAAGCCAAUGAAACCCACGAGGCCACUCGUCCACCUGGAACUCACAGUAACCAAGUUUAUGUGCGCUUGCGAAUCCUUUACUACCUCUGCUGAGAGCCGGGGACCUCAGAGGAGGGUGAAGUGGACAAAAAGACCCUCUGUGCCAAAAGCUACACUUCACAUUGAGCCAUUCUCGAAGAUGAGCACAAUUUUCAAACGUUGACAUUGUUGGCGGUCUGGCCCAGUCACCUCAGACACGGAGAACAGGUGUGGGGUGAUCUGGCUGCACACAGACCCCUGCCCCUUACUGCUGAGCUUUGGUCAAGGCCUCCUGUUUGGUCAAGGGAGCUGGGGGUAUGAAUCCUGGUUCAACAUCUGGAGCAAACUUGAAGUUCUGGAAGCUUAUGCUGAUCGGAAGCCUUCUGUAUGCUCUUCCAUGCUGGAAGUUAUCCUCUAAAACCUAGCCUCUUUUUCAUCCCCUAUUUCCUGAGGGAAUAGGUGGCUUCCUCAAGCAUCUGACAGCUGCUUCUCCAGUCCUGCAGUGACUAGUCGCUGGCUCCCCAGGUUGCUGCUGCAGUGGGCAAGUUUGAGUUUUUCCUCAGCAGAAGUGACACUGGCUACGGCUAACCUCUUCAUUGAGCUGAAUGAAGAUUCCAGAAUUGUCAGCAAGGCGUGAGGGGGUAGGCAUGACCUCAGGGAUACUCACUGGAACUCCCACAUCUCCUGCUUUGCAACAUUGCAUGGUAAAGGAAGACAGGACACACGUGUCCUGGUGAGGACAGGAGUCCGUAGCUAGGGAUCUGAGAGCUGGACAGUACCAGUCUUUGGCAUGUCUAGGAACUCUUGCUGUAAUCAGAAUUUGUACAGGAUCCUAGGUGAAGAGCCCAACAAGGAACAAUGAAUUGAGAGUUUAAAAAAGGAAAGGCUUUAUUCUACUUUUGUGGUUUUCAAGUUAUUUGUAGCAGAACCCUAUUUAAAGUAAGAAAUCUUGAUGGAACCCAAACCUGAGAACUAUGUUGUGAUCUAUUUGUUUAAAUUUAUUUUAAGGUUGAACUUAUAUAUUUCCCUAAUAUCAUGCAGUGAAAAUGCAAGUUAAAUUGGUUUCUGUGGUAAAAAAUUUGGUAUUGAAUGAGCGUACCCGUUUAUUAUGGUUUAAAAAUGUGCUUUGAAAAAUAGUAUUUAUGUAUUUGUGGGACCUUCAAAUGCACCUCUGAUACCUAGGUGGUUCUGUGGUUCAUGGAACCACCUAGAGUUUUAGAACUACUGUUAAGUCCUUUGGUUUCAAGUCUAGAAUUUUUUUAAAGGGAAAUGUCAGUCCUCGCUUCAGAUGGACUUACUAGGCAUGGAUUCUGGGCUCAUCCAUUCCUGCAGUAUACAAAUGCUCCAAAGUAGGGGGAAGCUUUGAUGUACUUUAAGCCCAGCUGUCUUAGUGUGGAAGCAUAGAUGAGGAGAGGCAGGGGGUGUGGGAAGUGUUUGCAUUCUCUAUGAGGUUUAAUUUCUGUUUAGGGCUCCUCAGUGAUGGGAACAUUAUUCCAGCAAUCAAGAAGGGAGGAGGUCUCCCUAUCAGGGAGGGAGGGUGGGUCACUGGGGAAUGUCACCUCCAGCUUCAACACUUUGACCUUGCUCUUCUGGAAGUUUCCAAGUGUCCUUUAGAAACACGGAUAAAAUGUGACUGCUGGAAAUAAGUGGCCCAACUCACAGGGCUGUUUCCAUCCAUCUUCUACAAGACAAAGGACUUAACAUGUCAGAAAGGAGGUUUUUCCUGUAAAAAACAAAAACCCAAAAAACAACCCUCCCCAAAAAAACCAGAAGGCCUUUCUAGAGAUUGGUUUUAAUGAGUUAAGGACUGAUAAAGAAGUAUGGAAUGGGGUAGAUUUGAGAACAAAAGCAUUACUGUUGAACAAAAAUCACUAUAGCUCUUAGCAUGAAGAUGGUGAAUCAAGAAAGUAGGAGUUGAACAGUUUUUUUUUUUUUAAGAUUUUAUUUAUUCAUGAGAGACACACCCAGAGAGAGAGAGAGAGAGAGAGAGAGAGAGAGAGGGAGGCAGAGACACAGGCAGAGGGAGAAGCAGGCUCCAUGCCAGGAGCCCGACGCAGGACUCGAUCCUGGGACUCCAGGAUCAGGCCCCAGGCCGAAGGGAGGCGCUAAACAGCUGAGCCACCAAGGGAUCCCAAAGUUGAACAGUUCUAUUUAAAGUUAGACUUAUGGCAUCAUUCAUAUUUAUACUUAUGAUGCUUUGAUAGUACUACACAGUCUUGAAAGAAAUUUGGAAAACUAUAGGAAAGUUGAAGAGAAAAAAAAUCUGUAUUUUCCAAGGACAAUCAUUGUUAAUAUUUUGGUAUUUUGGUGUAUUCCUCCCCCGACCUGCCUCGAGUUGUAAAUAGAUGCCUUUUAGAGUGGACAGUUCAUACGGUAACUUGAAUGGAAUGUAAAUACCAGUUGUGUAUAUUUCAUGAGGAGCAGCUUUUGGAAUACACUCGUGUUAGCUAUACACUUGAGAGCUCAUCACUGGAUUCUGACUUACUGCUGAGUCUUCUUUUUAAAUUGAGCCUGACAUGAAUAGGUCCUAAGAAAUAAUGAACUGAAUUCUCCUUUUGAUAGGCCUCUGCUCUUGGAUUCGUGAGCUGUUAAAAAUAGGGCUCUACAGUUUUUUUUUUUCCCCCAAAUGUAAAAAAAAAAAAAAAAAGCGAAUAGCUUAUUAAUUGAUGUGCAGUCAGGAAUCUUUUUGGUUUUUUCCCCUAAUCAUACAGGGAAGUGGAGAUUUGCCAUUUGGGAGUUAGGUCAUGGCAGUUACUCAUCAUGGCUGUCAGAUUUUUGUUCUCCUUAGAAUUUGCCAAGAUCGAUUACCAGCAGGAAUUGGAUCUAGGAUAUUAAACAUUACUAUCCUAGUUAGCAAGCAAUCAUUUAAGUCAGUGAUUCUUAUUUUCAAUCAAACACUGAGUGGUGAUUCUUUUAGAAAAAAUCUUUUCUCCUCUUUAUGAUUAGGAUUAUAGUAUUAGCACUUCAGUGACUAUAUUUAAGGCAUAUGAUGGGGAAGAGAUACCUGAAUCUAUUUGGUAACAGGCUGCAUUUUGGGAGAAACUAUGCCUGUCCCUCUGAUGAGUGCCUAAAAUAUUAAUUGUGGAUGAAAGAUGUCCUGUUGGGGGAAAUCUAAGCUUGAUGGACAUCAAGCGCAGACUUUCUAAAUAUACAGUAACUUGUUAUUUUUAUCAUAUUUCUCAGGUGUGUGAAAACUUCUCAUCAGUUCAUCAUGCUUACGUGAGCCAGGGCCCUGUCGGAGGCUCUGAGCACGGGAGGGAGUCUUCCUUGGCUCUUCAUCCCAUGGGGCUGACAUGCAACCAUCCCUGGGGGAAAGGGAAGGGCUGAAGCUUGUCCAACAGGAUCCCCUCUCAUAGCUCCUUUUCCCCAAAUGAGCUGGGAACCUUUCAUUGCCAGCUCUUUGCCUCGGUGCUGCCCUUCCAGCUGGCCAAAGAGAAUUCACAGGCCAGAUUGGGGUUCUCAAUGAAUUUUGUGGUUAUUCUCCUACAGACAAAACAAAAAGGCCUCUAUUCUAAAGGACUAAUUGAAUGGUUUCUUUCUCUACAUGUUAAACCAGAUUGUGGACUAUUUUAUAAUCACAGUGUGUAAUCAGAGCAUAUAUAGUAUUUUCAGAUAUAUCCCUUGUUUUAUACUUUAUAUAGUUGUGCCAUAUAAGGGUGGUAUGCCCACUGCCUGUGGUAGCAUUUAGUCUCCAUUGCUUUGGGAGUGAUUUUGAGCCUUUUGAAAUGGAGCUUUUGCACUUUAUGCUAUUUUUGUGAACUAGGACCGUUACAUUCGAUAUUAAAGCCCUAAGUGGCAUUUUCUGUGAA